AUGUUCUAUCUAUCUAUCUAUCUAUCUAUUUCUUCCUAUUCCGAUCUAUCUAUCUAUUUCUUCCUAUUCCGAUCUAUCUAUCUAUCUAUCUAUCUAUCUAUUUCUUCCUAUUCCGAUCUAUCUAUCUAUCUAUCUAUUUCUUCCUAUUCCGAUCUAUCUAUCUAUCUAUCUAUCUAUUUCUUCCUAUUCCGAUCUAUCUAUCUAUCUAUCUAUCUAUCUAUUUCUUCCUAUUCCGAUCUAUCUAUCUAUUUCUUCCUAUUCCGAUCUAUCUAUCUAUCUAUCUAUUUCUUCCUAUUCCGAUCUAUCUAUCUAUUUCUUACUAUUAUCUAUCUAUCUAUCUAUCUAUCAUUUUUUCUUAUUUAUCUAUCUAUCUAUUUCUUCCUAUUCCGAUCUAUCUAUCUAUCUAUCUAUUUCUUCCUAUUCAUCUAUCUAUCUAUCUAUCUAUCUAUUUCUUCCUAUUCCGAUCUAUCUAUCUAUCUAUCUAUCUAUUUCUUCCUAUUCCGAUCUAUCUAUCUAUUUCUUCCUAUUCCGAUCUAUCUAUCUAUCUAUCUAUUUCUUCCUAUUUCGUAG